AAGUUAUUUUAUAUUUUUGUCGUAAGAGGGCUACAGUUUCCUGUUUCUUUUAGUUCGUGAUAUACAUCCGAAAUGGCAGACACACCUGCUGAACCAAAGUCUAAAACGAAAGCAACUAAGAAACCGAAAGAGAAGCCAGUAGAACCUCCUCCUUUAAAAAAGAGGCCUUUUAAAAGACACGGACGUCUUUAUGCUAAAGCCAUUUUUACUGGUUACAAACGUGGAUUGCGUAAUCAACAUGAACACACAGCACUUCUUAAAGUUGAAGGAGCUAGAGAUAAACAGGAUUCAAAUUUUUAUGUAGGAAAACGAUGUGUUUAUGUAUAUAAGGCAAAAAAUAAGACACCUGUUCCUGGAAAGAAAAGCAGGAAAACAAAAGUUAGAGCUAUUUGGGGUAAGGUAACCCGACCGCAUGGAACUAGUGGUUCAGUACGUGCUAAGUUUAAGAAAAAUCUACCAGCUAAAGCUAUGGGUCAUCGUAUCAGGAUUAUGUUGUAUCCCAGUCGGAUAUAAAAAAUUAUUAUUGUAUAAAAUAAACAAAUAAAUACCACUUUGGUACUAAAUACCAGUUUCA